UAUGAAAAAUUACAUUUCAAGUAAUCAUGUGAUUCUAUUAUUGUUUGAAAGUAUUAGAAGUACUGUAAGAAUUUUGAGGUCGAUAAUUUAAUAGAUUUUUUUGACUUAAAAGUGAUAUAUUUGAAAUAUAAAGAAUGAGGAAAUGGAUGGUAGAAGAACCAAAUAAGUGAG